AAAUUUCAGUAAAUUUUGACGAAUCAAAUUAGCCGGAGAGAACUAUUCUUCGGCAUUCUGAUGCUGGAGACUUCGUGUCUCGGUGAUAAGCAACUUUUACUAACAAAUAGCAAUUUGGAUAAUUUCUUGCAACAUUAUGUAUUCCCCGUACAAUUUAUAUUUGGUGUUGCUGGCAAUUCCAUCAAUCUCAUCGUACUACUUAGCAAAGGAAUGCGUUCAAAGACAAAUUCAUUAUUGUCAGCAAUGGCAUUUGCUGAUUUAGCCCUGUUAUUUUGCAUGUUACCGCAUUCAUUGGCCUCAUUUGAAAUCGCAUAUCAUAGCUAUACAUUUCGCUAUUUUUACUAUGUUAGCAAACGUCAAUUAAAUGCAUUCGCAAAUUUCUUCUCCACAGCGGCAACUUGGUUAGUGCUUACGGUAUCCAUGGAACGAUUUAUUGGUAUUCGAUCACCGGUUCACGCUCAUUUCAAGUGGAAAGAAAAGGGUGUCCUGCUGAUUAUUGUAUCAAUAUUUAUUGGCGCAUUUGUGAUCACAUUUUAUCAUCAUAUUGCUUACAAAUACAGCAUAUAUACUGUAUGCAAUGGUACUCAACUAAAGGGUAACGUUAGGCCGAUAGAUUAUAAUUGGACUGGAAAUAAGUUAUAUGGUAAUGCGCUGACAAAGUACAUUCAUUAUGGGAAGUAUUUACAACUGAUAACAGUUAUCUUAGUACCAAUUGUUGCUGUUGCAUUCCUUAACGUAUCACUUAUUUGUUUGAUGCGUAAUCGUGUCGUAAUACAGCGAAAUCGUAGUACCAGUACUAACAGUGAUUAUAGUAUGUUGCGAAAUUGUAAUGAUACCGGAAUAAUGCAACGGCAGGAGAGGAAAGUAACUGUUACCGUACUAGCAAUCGUAACCUGUUUUACUAUAACCCAUGCUCCAUCAUUGAUACCAUUCGUUUGGGAAACAUUUGGCAUUUCUAAAGAGAAUCCACGGCCUUUUUUAGUAGCAGUCAGCAUCGCUAACUCAUUGCUUAUCACUGGAAAAGUCCUUAAUUUUGUAUUAUUUUGCUCAAGUUCAGUGCAUUUUCGUCGUCGUCUGAUGCACAUAUUACUUUCCCAUUUUAUGAAACGAUCGGAAAGCCGAAAAUCGAGAAAAGCAUCAACAUUACAGUCCAAAAAUUUCGCACCUGUACCUCAGAUGCGAAAAGCGAGCACAUCCCUCAGUCGACGCUCAAUUCAAUGGCAGGAUUCGGUGAGAAGUAAAUUUCUAGCUGAAGUAAACAACUGA